ACGGCGGACGGACGGAGAGAUGAAGAUGGCGCAGCACCGGCGCUGAAGAGGCUCCCCGUUCACCCCGUAAAAUCACGGAAAAUCGUAUCGAGUACGCGUAAAAGAGCGCCGCGUGCGCACGUGACUCGAGAAACGCUCAAGGUUAGCUUGCCCUCGCGCUGUUUUGUCGGAUUCCGGCGGCAAAUCACGACUGACCGAGUCAAUGAAAUAAAUAAUCGACCGGCUCCAUCCUCAGAUGCUGCUGCGCCGCCGCAUCCAUAACGGGAGAUCCAGACGCGCACGGAUGGGAAACCUGAGCUGACGCGUGAAGCAUUGUUUGAUGAAACACACGGCUGUGAGAUAAACACGUCUGACCGUCUGCUUCAACUUUCAUGUGUCAUCGUACAUGACAUUUAACCGAAACUCUUCUAAUAUCUUGGUUAUUUUACCGGGAUCAUGUGGACACCGACCGAGGACGAGAAAAUCGGAGUGGUGGUCUGUGGUUUCCGCGGAUCAGUGUCACAUGGUCUGACUCUAGAGCUUGGAGAAACGGUUCAUAUCCUGGAAAAGUGUGAAGGAUGGUACCGAGGAUUUUCCACCAAGAAACCCACAAUCAAGGGGAUCUUCCCAGCCGGCUACGUCCACUUGAAGAAGGCUGUUGUCACGAACAGGGGGCAAUAUGAGACUGUGGUCCCGCUGGAGGACCCCAUCAUUACAGAGGUCACCUCUACGCUGCAGGAGUGGUCCGUCCUGUGGAAGCAGCUGUAUGUGAAGCAUAAAGUCGACCUCUUUUACAAACUCCGUCACGUGAUGAGUGAGUUGAUUGAUCUGAGGCGACAACUGCUUUCAGGCCACCUGACCCAGGAUCAAGUCCGUCAAGUCAAACGCCACAUCACUGUAAGACUGGACUGGGGCAAUGAACACUUAGGCUUAGAUCUGGUACCCAGGAAAGAGUUUGAAAUGGUCGAUGCGGACCAGAUCAGCGUUUCUGAUCUCUAUAAAAUGCACCUAUCCAGCAGACACAGCGUCCAGCAAAGCACAUCCCAGGAUGGCGGAAGACAAAGACACGGGGAUUCGUGUCGAAUGCCUGUGCCGCACCAUCUCUUUGUCAACCUAAAGAGCUUCACAUACAACACCAUCGGCGAGGACACAGACAUCUUCUUCUCUUUGUAUGACCUGAGAGAAGGCAAGCAAAUCAGAAACCGCAGUGCGUUGCUGGUGUUUGUCCUGAGAGAGGCUGCUCUCAUGAGAGACCCCAUGCUGAUGAGUCUCACCAUGGAGACAGAACGAUUUCUCUACCACACAUUUUAUUUCCAGUCAGUAACAUCAGGACACAGGGAGAGUUCAGUAACGGUCUCUUCGACCGCGACACGACAGGCUGAGAGUGCAUUGCUGGGCGCCACCACCAUACAAGGAGCUGAAGCGAGCACCGCUGCUUUGGGAGGUUCUGCACCAUGUGCCACCACCUCUGGAGAAGCUGCAGCGGGUGCCAUCGCCUCAGGUAACACAGCAGCGAGCUCCACUACCUCAGGAGGUUCUGCAGCGUCAGCCGCCACCUCUGGAGAUAUCACAGUGGCCGCCGCCGUCUCUAGAGUUUCAGUGGUGGCGCGUGCAGACACCAGCGGGCGGAUGUUGUUAAACGACUCGAAGAAAGGCACCCCUCAGGUCCAGUACCGCCGGCCGUACGGAUGCGCAGUGCUGGCCAUGAGCGAUGUCCUUCAGACCAUCUCUGAACUCAAAGAGGAGAAAGACUUCGUGCUCAAAGUUUACACGUGUAAUAAUGAAAACGAGUGGUACCAGAUUCAUGAGAACAUUAUCCGCAAGUCCAGCACCAAAUACACCGCCCCCAGCACUAACUACGGUCUAAUCAUCUCACUGCAGCUGUUGAGGGGCGACAUGGAGCAGGUGCGCAGGGAAAACCCCAUCAUAUUCAACCGCGGCGUGGCCAUCACACGCAAACUGGGCUUCCCUGAUGUGAUCAUGCCAGGCGACAUACGCAACGACCUCUACCUCACGCUGGAGAGAGGAGACUUUGAGAGAGGAGGCAAGAGCGUUCAGAAGAACAUCGAGGUCACCAUGUAUGUGCUCUACGCUGACGGCGAGAUCCUCAAAGAGUGCAUUAGUCUGGGCUCAGGAGAGCACAACAUCAGCGAGUACCGCUCUUUCGUCCUCUACCACAACAACAGUCCGCGCUGGAGUGAGGUCAUCAAACUGCCCAUCCCCAUCGAGCGCUUCCGCGGCUCCCAUCUGCGCUUUGAGUUCAGACACUGCUCAACAAAGGACAAAGGAGAAAAGAAGCUUUUUGGCUUUGCUUUCACUCCACUCAUGAGGGAAGACGGCACCACACUGUCAGACGAGAGCCAUGAGCUUUACAUCUACAAGUGUGAUGAAAACACCACCUUCAGUAACCACGCGCUGUACCUGGGGCUGCCCUGCUGUAAAGACGACUUCAACGGCUGCCCGAACAUCCCGUCCAGCCUCAUCUUCCAGCGCAGCACUAAGGAAACCCUCUGGAUAGCCACUCAGCUCUCUUCCACCAAACUGACUCAGAAUGUCGAUCUGCUAGCUUUGUUGAAGUGGAAAGCACAUCCAGACCGUGUAAUGGACAUUUUAGGGCGAUUGCGGCACGUCUGUGGGGAAGAAAUAGUCAAAUUUCUUCAAGACAUCCUCGACACGCUGUUCUCCAUUCUGGAUGACAACACAGACAAAUAUGGACCCCUGGUGUUUCAGUCACUGGUGUUCAUCAUCAAUCUGCUCCGGGACAGUAAGUUUUAUCACUUCCGGCCUGUGAUGGAUACAUACAUCCAGAAGCAUUUUGCUGGAGCACUGGCUUAUAAAGAGUUGAUUCGCUGUCUGAAGUGGUAUAUGGACCGAUCAGCAGAAGUUGUUAGACAGGACCACAUCCAGGAAGCCAUGAGGGCUCUAGAGUACCUGUUUAAAUUCAUCAUCCAGUCACGGAUCCUCUACUCCCGGGCCACCUGUGGGAUGGAGGAGGACCAAUUUCGGGCCAGCAUCCAGGAGCUUUUCCAAUCCAUUCGUUUCGUGCUCAGUCUGGACAGCCGCAGCUCUGAGACACUCAUUUUUACCCAGGCUGCCCUACUCAACUCUUUCCCAGCGAUUUUUGACGAGCUCCUCCAGAUGUUCACAGUACAGGAAGUGGCAGAGUUUGUGAGAGGAACUCUGGGUAGCAUGCCUAGUACGGUCCACAUCGGUCAGUCCAUGGAUGUGGUUAAGCUGCAGUCCAUUGCUCGGACAGUGGAUAGCAGACUUUUCUCCUUCCCAGAAUCAAGGAGAAUUCUCCUUCCUGUUGUUCUCCAUCACAUUCAUCUGCAUCUGCGGCAACAGAAGGAGCUUCUGAUCUGCUCGGGAAUCCUGAGCAGCAUUUUCUCCAUUAUUAAAAGCAGCUCACUGGAGAGCUCUGUGCAGGAGGAGGUAGAGAUGAUGGUGGAGAGUUUGUUGGAUGUGUUGUUACAGACGCUGUUGGCCAUCAUGAGUAAAUCUCAGUCUCAGGAGGCGGUAAGAGGGCAGCGCUGUCCACAGUGCACGGCUGAGAUCACUGGGGAGUAUGUGUCCUGCUUGUUGUCCCUCCUGCGUCAGAUGUCGGACAUUCAUUUUCAACACCUACUGGACAACUUCCAAAGCAAAGAGGAGCUGAAGGAGUUCUUGCUGAAGAUUUUCUGUGUAUUCAGAAACCUGAUGAAGCUCAGUAUAUUCCCACGUGACUGGAACGUCAUGCGACUGCUGACCAGCAAUAUCAUUGUGAGCACAACUCAGUAUCUGUCGCCUGCUCUUCAUAAAAGCUUUACAGAUGCUGACUUUGAUUUUAAGGUGUGGAAUUCCUACUUCAGUCUGGCAGUGUUGUUUAUCAACCAGCCCAGUCUACAGCUGGAGACUCUGACACCAGCCAAGCGGAAGAAGGUCUUUGACAAGUAUGGUGAUAUGAGGGUCAUGAUGGCUUAUGAGCUGUUUAGCAUGUGGCAGAAUUUGGGUGAGAAUAAGAUCCACUUCAUACCAGGAAUGAUUGGCCCAUUUUUGGGUGUGACGCUUGUACCACAAAAUGAAGUCCGAAACAUAAUGAUCCCCAUCUUCCACGAUAUGAUGGACUGGGAACAGAGAAAGAACGGCAACUUCAAACAGGUCGAGGCAGAACUGAUAGACAAACUGGACAGUCUGGUGUCUGAAGGCAAAGGAGACGAGAAUUACAGAGAACUCUUCAGUUUGCUAACUCAACUGUUUGGGCCGUACCCCAGUCUGCUGGAGAAGAUCGAGCAGGAGACCUGGAGGGAGACUGGUGUCUCUUUCGUCACAUCUGUCACACGCCUCAUGGAGAGACUGCUGGACUACAGAGAUUGCAUGAAAGGUGAUGAGACAGAAAACAAGAAGAUCGGUUGCACUGUUAACCUGCUGAAUUUCUACAAGUCGGAGAUUAAUAAGGAGGAGAUGUACAUCAGAUACAUUCACAAGCUGUGCGACAUGCACCUGCAGGCCGAAAACUACACAGAGGCGGCGUUUACCCUCCUGCUGUACUGGGAGCUGCUCCACUGGGAGGAAAGGCCCCUCCGGGAGUUCCUGCACUAUCCUGCGCAGAGCGAAUGGCAUCGCAAAGAGGGUCUCUGUCGUAAGGUCAUCCACUACUUCAACAAGGGAAAGUGUUGGGAGUACGGCAUCCCGCUGUGCCGUGAACUAGCCUUCCAGUACGAGUCCCUGUACGAUUAUCAGAGUCUCAGCUGGAUACGGAAAAUGGAGGCAGCAUAUUAUGACAACAUCAUGGAGCAGCAGCGACUAGAGCCGGAGUUCUUCAGGGUGGGAUUUUAUGGCCGGAAGUUUCCCUUCUUCCUCAGGAAUAAGGAGUUUGUCUGUCGAGGGCAUGACUACGAGAGACUCGAAGCCUUUCAGCAAAGAAUGCUGGGAGAAUUUCCACAAGCUAUCGCCAUGCAGCACCCAAAUCAACCAGAUGAGGGGAUUUUACAGGGUGAUGCCCAGUACCUCCAGAUCUACGCUGUGACUCCAGUUUCAGAAAACAUCGAUGUGCUGCAGAUGGACCGCGUGCCGGACCGCAUCAAGAGCUUCUACAGAGUCAAUAAUGUCCGGCGCUUCCGUUACGACCGGCCCUUCCACAAGGGCCCGAAAGACAAGGACAAUGAAUUUAAGAGUCUCUGGAUCGAGCGGACAACACUCAUCCUCACCCACCCUCUGCCUGGCAUCUCCCGCUGGUUUGAGGUGGAUAAGCGUGAGCUGGUUGAAGUUAGUCCACUGGAGAACGCCAUAUAUGUGGUGGAGAACAAGAACCAGGAGCUGCGCACCCUGAUCAGUCAGUACCAGCACAAGCAGCUUCACGGAAACAUCAACCUGCUCAGCAUGUGCCUCAACGGGGUGAUCGACGCCGCCGUCAACGGAGGAAUCGCUAGAUACCAGGAAGCGUUCUUCGAUAAAGAGUACAUUAGCAGUCACCCGGAGGAUACGGAGAAGAUCACCCAACUCAAGGAUCUGAUGCAGGAACAGGUUCAUGUCCUCGGCGUGGGUCUGGCCGUCCACGAGAAACUGGUGCAUCCGGAAAUGCGUCCCCUGCACAAGAAGCUGAUCGAUCAGUUCCAGAUGAUGAGGAGCAGCCUCUGUCAUGGCCUGCCCGGUCUGGAUAAGCUGAGUCCGGCCUGCUCAGGGUCCAGCACCCCACGCGGCAUCCUCGCCACCCACAGUCCCAUGAGUCCUGAAAGUAUCAAGCUCAUGCACCGACACAGCCCUCUGAAUGUGUUGGGCUCUGUCCGCCACUCCUCCUCUUCUCUCUCCUCUCACACCUCCAGUGAGAUGGGAAACCUGCUCAUCCUGACGGACAGUAUGAUGGAGCACCCGGAGGACCUCUACCGCAUGCAGCCCAGUCCAUCAUCGUCCAGUUUGAGCUCGACACAUUCAGCUCCAUCUCAGAUGAUCAACUCAGGGCAUGGCAGCAUCAGAGUUGGGUCCCCAUCACUACCUGACAGAUACAGACACAACCGAGAGAUGGUAAUGCUCCUACCGCCGCACAGGGACCGUCCCAGCAGUGCCAUGUACCCCAACAUGACCGAGAACGGACAGCCUAUUAACCAUCAGAGGGCUCUUUACCAUCAGGUUAUUGGUCCCUGCAAACCCUGCAGUGACCCCAAUCUCUCUGUGGCUGAUAAAGUGUUGACAGCUCCCAGCAGCUGGAGUUUGGACAGUGGCACCAGGGACACUCUGCUGUUCCUCUCUGCUCAUGUCGGGAGUGUGAUGGCCCCACCAGUUCCCCCCCGCACCCUUCCUCCCGGACACUUCUCGAUGCACUUUGAUGCUUUCCACCACCAGAUCAACGAACUCCCUCCAGCUCUCCCCACGCGCUCUUUAAGAAAGUCACCCCUGCACCCUAUACCUGCCUCACCCACCAGUCCACAAUCGGGCCUGGAUGGCAGUAACUCCACCUUGUCUGGCAGCGCCAGCAGUGGCGUCUCCUCCUUGAGCGAGAGCAACUUCGCCCAGUCCUCCUCUGAGCCUCCAGCUCGAGCUGACACCUUGGACUCGAUGCCGAGCAGCCAGGCCUGGACCACGGACACGGAGGAAGCCGAGAGUCCCUACCUCCCUGUACGCUACAGCAUCUCCGAGCCUGAAGUUCUGGACCCUCUCAAGCCCACUCCUUGCCGUAGUCACUCAGCCCCACUAGGCGUAACCCCAGGGAUGCCCACUGACGGACACCAUCAUCACCUCCAUCUCCACCAUCACCACCCACAUGCAAUACACAUCACCCACCCACACUACCACCACCAUGAGCCUGCACCUGCUCUGCCUCCCAAACCUUACCUGAGGGAAGGGUGUAUCCCUGAAGAGGACCUGAGGCCGGUUCCAAGGCCAAUGCCCCGCAAGAUCUCUCAGCCUCUGCUAACGAACAAGGAGGAGCAGGCCAAGGUGGCCUGGGAACACGGCAUCAGUGAAGAAUAGAUGAAGAACAAGGUUCAGCUUGGACUGUUGGCUUUGGUGUGAUAGGUGGUUGGGUUUUGGGAAAGUCCCAAGAAAUGACUGAGUUUGAACCUCUACUCUACAUCUCAUGUAUCCAGUGUAGGUCUUUGAAACCUUUCAAGAAGUGCUUGAUAUGUUGCUGAGC